UCUUUGUUGUACUAACUCCCGACCGGAAUAAUUUUUCCCCCUUCUAACCUUCUUCUGGUUCUCGUUUUCUUUUUUUUUUAAACCCCCCAGUCUCUUCGAGGGUCUAAGGGGAGCGGGCUCCCUCCCCCGUCAUCCACCCGCGUGGCCGGCGCCGUCCUCGUUGCUGCUGCUGCCGCUUCUUCUUCCUCCUCCUCCUCCUCCUCUUCCUCCUCCUCCCCCAGCCAGAAGCCAUGUGUCCCCCCCUUCAUGCUGUAAAAAGAAACCUUACCCUGCACUGAAAAACUACACUUAAUUUUGUCUUCUUUCUCACCCCACCUUUCCGCCCCCAAAUUAUGCCAAGAAAUAGUCUUGCUUGCUUGCCUAGUGACUAAGGGCUUGUUCACCAUCAGUGCCGUACUUGCAUAGCAGUGCCCAUUACCGCUCAACUGGUCUCUGGAUGGCAGACUCUGAAAAGAAAUGUUAUUUUAAGAGACACCAAAGAUGCUGACAAGAAAAAUUAAACUUUGGGACAUCAAUGCCCAUAUAACCUGCCGCCUUUGCAAUGGUUAUCUUAUUGAUGCUACCACUGUAACGGAAUGCUUGCAUACCUUUUGCAGGAGUUGCUUGGUAAAGUAUUUGGAGGAAAAUAAUACCUGCCCCACCUGCAGGAUAGUAAUACACCAGAGUCACCCUCUCCAGUAUAUCGGUCAUGACAGAACAAUGCAAGAUAUUGUUUACAAGCUUGUUCCAGGUCUUCAAGAAGCGGAAAUGAAAAAGCAGAGGGAAUUCUACCACAAAUUGGGCAUGGAAGUACCAGGUGACAUCAAAGGGGAGACGUGCUCAGCCAAGCAGCAUUUAGAUUCUCACCGUAAUGGGGAAACAAAAGCAGAUGAGAGCACAAACAAAGAAACAGCGGAAGAGAAACAGGAAGAAGAUAAUGAUUAUCACAGAAGUGAUGAACAGGUAAGCAUCUGUUUGGAAUGCAACAGUAGCAAAUUGCGUGGAUUGAAGAGAAAAUGGAUUCGCUGCUCAGCACAAGCGACAGUCUUGCAUCUAAAGAAGUUCAUUGCCAAAAAACUUAAUCUUUCUUCAUUUAAUGAGCUGGAUAUAUUAUGCAAUGAAGAAAUUCUGGGCAAGGACCAUACUCUCAAAUUUGUAGUUGUUACAAGAUGGAGAUUUAAGAAAGCACCUCUACUGCUACAUUACAGACCGAAAAUGGACUUGCUGUAAGAACUAUUUUGUCCUUCUGGACGGUUUUUUGCAGAGACUAUCAUCAGGCACCUUCUUAGUGCAUCAUCACUCAAUUCACUCGUGACAUAGACCAGCAGAAUCCAUUCCUGAAAACAGUAGUACUUUCCCACCCCACCAUCCUGAAUAUUUCUCUGAGAGAUGCAUUAACUCAACUUUCGGGACAGUAAAAAUAUUUAUACUAUUUUCUACAAAAAAGGAAAGUGCAGUUUGAAAGGACACUACCAGCAUGAUGUUUACAGACAUUGAAAGCACUUCACAGUUCCCUCUGUGUAGCUCAGUUCUUGGUCAUCAUCUUGAAAGAUGCAAAAUAGGUUAAAAUGUUGGGAAGGAGAUAAUUUUCAAUUUGUCGUCACCAAGCAGCUCUUGGAUUGUUUUGCAAUUUAACUUAAACAUAGCCUUGUCUUUCUUUCUCUCUCUCUUUUUUUUGGACCAGGUUUUCUGUCUCUUAAACUUCAUGGGCAUCUUGUUAUCAGUAAGCCCUUCAUAGUAUUUAACAUUGAAAAAAAAAUCUAAUGGUUGGCAGUGACUUGACAUCAUAACACAGUUCUGGAUUCUGCUCCUUUGUUCCUCUGCUGAUUCAUUUGAUGAAGGUAUUGGAAGACUAUGAGUGAUUUCCAUUUUGUUUCAGUUUUAUCAGAUCACACCAAACUGCUGAAAAUUUAGGGGAAAAAACAUCCUUUUUCUGUAAUAUGUGUGACUUACAUAGCUGGGGCUGAUAUUGGACUUGGGGAUUUCCUGUUCAGAAAAUGAAAUAAGCCUUUAGCAGCCUUAACUACUUGAACUCCAGUAUUGUUCUUUUGAACAACACACAAUACUAAUGCUGGAGCGUGCAUUCUGUGACAAGCGUGAGUUCACUGACCUUCCUGCUGGUUUCUAGCUUCUGUAAGAAGACCAUUGUGUUUGCCUAAUUCUCUACUUGAACUAUCUUUAUAUGUUCAGAUUUAGUUGGCACUAUGGUACUUUUGGGCCUUAAUCUAUAAAUCUUUAUUUAUUUUUAAAUCCAGCCCCCAAGGGAUUGAUUUUUCCCUCUAGACUAUGUAAGUGCACUUUCUCUAAGGAAAAGUGGGAAUGGUGUGUGAAGGUAAAUGCUGCUUUCCCUUUAAUAUCUUAAGGGUUUUUUUUUUUUUAAAGGUUGCAUUCAGUGGUGGUACCUGCAAAUUUGGACCAUGCAAAAUAUAUGUUGUUCUUCAUCUGGAAAGGAUAUGUAAGACUCCUUCAUCUGGGGGAACCAUGUCAUUGAUUUUAAAUAGUCCAGUGUGUCCAAGAAUGCAUGCGCAUACUCCUUGUUGCAUGUAUAUAGGCAUGUUUUCUGUGUCUCUCUUCCAUAUGCACAUACAUAUGCAGAGGCACAAGUAUUCUUUGCAUGAACACAAGUCUGCCUUUCCUCCAUUGGGCACCAGUUUGGAUGGGAUAUGAAUAGAACAGGGAGGAAGUUGCUGCUGAGAAGGAUUGGUGAGAGGGCAUACUUCUUAAUUUUUCAUGAUUUUUCUUUUUGAUGCAGAAGGUUGCCUUUACUCAGUCUUACUAGCUCUAUUGCUUAUAAUCCCAGUGCUGAUUGAACACGUUCCUAGUCAGGAGCAGAGGAUAGCCCAGUGAAGAUGGGCUAUACAAGGAUUGAGUUUCAGAGAGAUCACUAGGAAGAUGGAGACUUGAGGUUUCUCCAUCCUUUGUGGAAGUCACUUCCACUUUGAGGUUUAUGUUUUAAUGGUGAAUAUAUUGGACUCAUAGCAAUUUGCCAAUGUGUGUUUCUUGUUCUUCUGAAUAGUCUUGCUCUGCAGAUGUGGCUAACAGUGAAUGUUUCCUAUAUGGAACAAGCCCCAGCAAGGUACAACAGAGAUAUGUGACUGGGGUGUGGGUGAGUGGACAAGCCUAAAUAAGUACAGGGUUGUGGCAGGAAAGGAAUAAAAAUGAGUAAAUGCAAAUGUGAAAGCAGGAAGUUCUUUUCGUGCUGUUGAGUGAUUUUUGACAUCAGUUAUACAUCAGAUAACAUUCAGUUAGAUCUCAUUUUCUGGAAUGAAUUGUUCUCACACCACUGGGAACCCCUUAUAAUUUCUGUUAGAAGCAGAUAAAUACAUUCUUUUCGUAAUGCUGAUUAUUUCUUUUACAUCAGCUGAAGUAAAAAGGAUCACAUUUUUGUAAAAUACCAACUAGCUUCUCUUCCUGUGGCUUCUCUUGUCAGCAGCACAUGGGUCCAUUAGGAACCCAUCUCUCCAAACUGACUUACAUAAACUUCCUUCUCUAAUUUUAUAAUGAUAGAUAUGAAUAGAUGGAAAUCAAAGGAGUCAGAGGAACAAAGAAAA